AUGCUGCUCUCUACCCUUGUUAUGUCCCUGAUCUCUGUGGUCUCUGCUCUCCCACAGCAGCAGCAGGUCCAGCCUACCUUUUCACAGAAGGUCAUCUUCACACCCCCGUCAGACUACACUGACCCACGUGUGCUCUACGCUCGUUCUGCACAGCUUGCGGAUGGUACUCUCUUGGCAACAUGGGAGAACUACAGCCCUGAACCGCCCAAGGUCUGGUUCCCGAUCUUCCAAUCGAAGGAUGGUGGGAACACAUGGUCAGAGCUGUCUCGCGUUCAGGACACUCAACAAAACUGGGGCCUUCGAUACCAACCCUUCCUGUAUGUCCUCGAGAACGAUUUUCCCGGAUACGCAAAGGGCACUGUGUUAUUAGCUGGAUCUUCUAUCCCCACCGAUCUCUCGCAGACGCAAAUCGAACUCUAUGCUUCCAAGGACUCGGGUGCAACCUGGGAAUUUGUUUCCCACUUGGCUGCUGGAGGCGAGGCACGGCCAAAUAACGGCCUAACACCCGUUUGGGAGCCCUUCCUGAUGGAGUACAAGGGCACUCUGAUCCAUUACUACUCGGACCAGCGCGACAACGCCACCCACGGACAAAAGAUGGUGCAUCAGACCUCCUCGGACUUGAAGACAUGGGGACCUGUCAUUGACGACGUCGCAUACCCCACAUACACCGACCGCCCAGGCAUGCCCACCGUCGCACUCUUGCCCAACGGGAAGUACAUUAUGUCCUACGAAUACGGCGGCGGCCCAGCCAUUCCCAGCAGCUACCAGUUCCCCGUGUACUACAAGAUCGUCGACGACCCCGAGCAAUUCGGCCCCGCGACUGGCAUUUCGCUCAAAGCUACCGACGGCACUGUUCCCUCUGGCUCGCCGUAUGUUGUCUGGUCAUCUGUUGGCGGUGCGAAUGGAACUAUCAUUGUUUCUGCGCACAGCGGUGGCGACAUCUUCAUCAACAAGGGCCUUGGUGAGGGACCAUGGGUCAAGGUUGCUACGCCCGAGAGGAGCCAUUACACAAGGCAUUUGAGGGUAUUGGCGGACCCGACCAAGCUGCUUAUCAUGGGCGGUGGACAACUGCCACCCAGCACCACGAACAAGGUGCAGUUCAGUGUGAUGGACAUUAGCAACUUGUAG